AUGUAUUGUCCUACUAGAACCGGUAAACACACACAUUAGUUGAACUGACAUUGGGUAUGAAAGCAAACGCUGAACGUAUUCGGUGUAAUUUGAUGGAUUUUCAAGUACUUGCUAAAUUUUACAAUGUUUUUACACUGUGUUGCAAUUAAUUCCUUGGUAUUCUCUGGCAAAAUUAAGUCGCUGACAUGGAUAUUUCUCGUUUUGGUACAAACGAUGGUUUUGUCGUCUGCUGCGACAAGUGAAAGUGUUCCAGUCGAUAUCUCUAAAACAAUGGUAUGGGGCCCCGGGCUAAACUCAAGACUUGUUCUACCUGUGAGAUAUUUCUUCAUUCAAGUCGUUGAUGAAAAUGGAUCGAAUGUCACCAGGUCCAUUGGAGAAAAGGCUUUUGAAGUAGCUGUGAGUGAAAGUAAUGGAGAUCGAGUGCGUGCUUGGGUCCAAGUUUUAGAUGCCAAUGAUGGGACUUACAUUGGUCGCUUCAGACUCAUCAAAAGUUACCAAGAUUUAAAAAUCAACAUCAAAUACAAAAAUAAGCAUGUACCAGGUUCACCAUAUCUCCUGAAAGGUAUUGUUUAUAAUGAAGAAUGUUACUGUCCAGUAGCCAGUCUGGACAAAUGGUUUGAGGUAAUGGGGUGCAAAAAGUCUUAUUCUCAAAUAGAUGAAGAUUUUCUGCCUUUUCCAAAAAUCAACACAGAGAGGGUAGCACAAGAAGCUAUUUCUAGGUUCAGCCAAGCAGGGAUGCAUAGCCUUAGUCGCUACAGGAUCAUAGACAAUAAGAUUUACAGGAAGACUUAUGGAGAACAUGUGGGAUUCAAGAUGUUCAGUGAUGCUGUUCUAUUGUCUAUUACAAGGAAGGUACGUCUACCAGAUAUGGAGUUCUUUAUAAACCUUGGAGAUUGGCCAUUAGAGAAAAAAUCUGCAAGUGACUCACCACUUCCAAUUAUAUCCUGGUGUGGUUCAGCAGAUUCCCGUGACAUUGUCCUACCUACCUACGAUAUCACUGAGGCCACCUUGGAAAUGAUGUCACGGGUGACCCUGGAUGUCCUCUCAGUACAGGGAAACACUGGUGUAACUUGGGUCAACAAAACUAACCAGGCAUUCUGGAGGGGUCGAGACAGCCGGCAGGAACGGCUCAAUCUUGUCCAGUUAUCUCGUCGAAAACCACACCUUCUAGAUGCAGCCCUGACCCAUAUGUUCUUUUUCUCAAAGGAUGAAAAUAAAUAUGGUCCUCUUGUCAAAACUGUUCCGUUCUUCGAAUUUUUUAAGUACAAGUACCAGAUCAAUAUUGACGGGACAGUGGCAGCCUACAGACUACCAUACCUGCUUGCGGGAGAUUCUUUAGUGAUGAAACAUGAAUCUAAUUAUUAUGAACACUUCUACCGUGACCUGGUACCCUGGCAACAUUAUGUGCCCUUCCAGCUUGACCUUGGUGACCUCGAGAGGCGCAUUCUGUGGGCAAAAAAGAAUGAUGAUGAGGCAAAAAAGAUAUCAGUGAAUGCUCGACAGUUUGUGAGGGAUAACAUUAUGCCAAGAGAUAUCCUUUGUUAUCAUGGUAAAGUUUUUAAGGAAUAUGCAAAGAGGCAGAUGAAGGCUCCAAAAGAGGCUGACAAUACCUGGGAUGUAGUAGACCAGCCAGCAUCGAACUGCGACUGUAAAAGGUUGAAGCCUGUAAAGAAAUCCAAAGAGGAAUUGUGAUGACAUUUGUUGCAAAGUACCAAUUACCAGCCAUUUUCAUUUCACAAAUAUCGUCAGAAACUGAAUAUCUUUACAGAUAAUAUUUUCACCUUUGCGUUAGAAGAGUAUCAGUAUGCUUGAGAAAGAGGCUUUGAUUGGAUGAGAAAGUUAUUUAUUUUGUUUAGAGUUGUUAAAUAUUAUCAUAGCAAAUUGUCCUUAGUCAUUUAUUUUUGUACUUUUAGCCUGAAUGCAAUUACCUCAUGAUAAAAAACUAUCUACCACUGUUGAAACUGUCAAAAUGCAAUCCAGCUUUCUCUAUAGUAUGAUUUGUUAGAUAUAUUUUGAGCAGAACAGAACUGUUUUUUAUCAAUAAUGGGUUGUUUUUUUUUAUGGUCAACAGCUCAGAUAAUCAGAGUAUAUGUUGAAUGCACAUCAAUAAUCUGAAUAUAAUUUCACUGCACACUAGUCACAUGUCUGUCAAAAUAUCUAAUGUCUGGUAUAGGAGCCAGAGGAAACUCAGCCUGUAAUCAAUUAUUUUCAUAUUUCUUUAAAAUAUUCAGUCUGCCAUCAGCGGUUUCCUGUUACCUUAAAAGUAUUGUGGAUGGAAACGAACAGUGAAAUUUUAGAAAACAUUUUAUGAUGUUGGAAUGAUACUUUAAACCUCAGGUCUGUAAUUACGAGAUUUUGUGUCUACCAGGUAGUCUUUGUAUAGAUUGAAUAACUGAAGCCUUCUGUAUAUUCUAGUUCAACUUUGUUUUGUUGGAACAAUCAUCCGUCCCCUUGUAUUACACAAACCUGGCUAAUAUAUGUGUAUAUAUACACACACCCAUAAUUAUUACACUGACUUCUUGGCAUGAAAAUAUGCAAAUGUAGGUUUUGAAGUUUUUAAGUAAUACAGUUCCUUAGGUGAUGCAGCAGAUUAUUUUGUUUUGCUUUUUUUUUUUUAAUACAUUACUGCUUUAUUUUUCUGAUUCAGACGAGUGCAGUUUCACAAGGUGAUAUUAUGAAAAAGAAAAAAUGUUAAUGUUGAUAUUGAUAUCCAGGAAGGAUAUUUCACUGUACCACACAGUCUGCAUCUUCUAAUACUCUGCUUUAUCUGCAUGAUAUUUCAGCGAUUAUGUGACUACAUCCAUCUUAUAACACUAGUGUGACAUCACAUGAAGGUUACAGUGGUGAAAAUUGUAUCUUCCAAACUGAAUAUUUUCAUAAGAAUAGGAGGGAUGUAGUUAUUAUAAUCUUAUACUGUACCCAUUUUACAACAAAUUUAUUUGCUUGUCUUAAUAUUACUGGUAAUAUGAAAUUUCAAGGUUUGUGUCAUAUCAAGUUCAUGAUGUCUCCCUUGAUUUUUAUUUUCUUUUUCCCCCAACCCCAUUACAACACUUGGGAGUGUGCUUGAAAUAGAUAGUUUAAUCAUGUUUUGGAAUGUUAUCCAAAAGGCUUUUCAUUUUUUGUGAAAUACAGUACAUUUUGAACAAAAAACAAUCUUCAGUUCAAAUUUGUUAUCUAAAACCUGCAUAUUUUUUUUUCUUUUUACAAAAGUAUAUAAUAUUUUCGAACAAGCUCUGAAAUCAGGAUUGGACAUGAAGAGUAUAUGCAAACUGCCCGUUAGGUCAACAUAGGCACAGCACUUCUCUCUAGGCCAACCAGUGAUUUUUUUUUAUAUAGCUUCAAAAUUUAAGUAAAUACAUUUAAUAUUUGAAGCUGACAUCUUUAUUCUUUGUUUAGUGACUUAAAAUUAUGAUAUUUUAUUCAAUAUUCUGAAAAGUUAAGUUUGCACUGUUGAUUUGAAAGUUAAACGAUAUUUGAUUGAAGUCCAAUAGAUUACUAGUCCAAUGUUAAUCGUGUUCAGUUGAUAUUUGUUAUUACCCCGUUAUAUACAUAUUUAUUAUUAUAUACAAGUUAUUCUAUUAUCUAUAUAUUUUAUUAUGUUUUGAUAUUUACGUUGCUAAUUCCCUUUGAUUGACCACACUUAUUCCAUUAUGUUCCAUGGCUAUCCUUUCAAAAAGUACACAUUCAUUCUCAGAAAUUCUUUAUUUCUUUAAAAAAUUAAUCAAAUUUGCUCAAAAUACUUUAAAUUGAUUCUUUUGACUGAUCAGGACAUGAAGGAUGAUUUAAGAGUUAAUCAUCUGAUCUAGUAAUAUUUUAUAUGUGAAGCCUGAGGAUGAUUAUUAAUUUUGUUUGGAUGUUGGGAGAAUAAAUCGAAAAAAUAAUGAUCAUGAUCCAACUUCGUAGAUUAUAUCCAGAGUACUUAAAUGACAUUAGAUAAUCUAGUUAAUUACAGGCCUCAUGGACCACUUGUUUAAGAGACAUUUGACAUGGAAUCCAAUGGUAAUAUCCACUUAUUGGGUUUGUGCUUGUAUUGAUUUUAUACCAAAUUUUCAAACCGAGCCCGUAGUAAUUUAUUUAAAUUGUGAGGAAGAUUGUAUUGUAUGACAUGAUACAGAAAGAAAGUGUAUGCUUUAGCUCUUUUGAUAUUGAAUAUAAACUACUCUUGUGACAUUGUAAAAAUACAUAACUUAGCGAUCAUGAUGUUUUAGCAAUUUUUUUAACUGAAAGCCUGGUGCAGAAUAUGAUUGUACUUACUGCUGUUUUACAUGCCUCUUAUAUAGCAAUUAUUGUGGAUGCAUUGAUUUUAUCACUGAGCUAAUGUGCAAAAAGGUUAAUUUGCACUUAAAUUUGAUUUUGCCAAAUUAAGUAUGUUUACAUUAGCUUACAAUAUUCAUAAUUUACUUUUGCCAUACAACUUCUCUUAUUCUGUAGAUCAUUUAUGUAUGUU